AUGACCGGCACAAAACGCUCCUGGGAAGGAAAUCCACUCGUCGACAAAACCAAGCUCACUAGCACCGCCAAGAACAAUAACACAAACCCAGCAAUGGACGAACCGUCGGGCAAAGUGCUCUCGAUCUUCGGGACGUUUCGCGAUGAAUUGGACGAGCACCAUGAUCGCAGAGAGAGGAUUAUCAAGACGUCGAGGGAUAUCACGGCAUUAAGCAAGAAGAUUAUCUUCUCAUUACAGCGGACCCGCACCAUAAAAUCCCUCCUCCCCCCCACCAUCGCCAAAGAAACAACCACCCGUUUCGACCAAAUCCACUCCCUCUUCACCUCCCUAGCCCCCGACCUCAUUGCCGUAAACACCUGGCGCUACCAACGCAACAUCAGUCCCGGCAUCCAGGAAUUCAUCGAAGCAUUGUCGUUCCACCAUUACAUCCUGACACAGGAAAUUAUUACGAAGGAGGAGGUGCAGGCGCAACUGCCGAGGGAGGUGCUUGUUACGGAGGAGGAUUAUUUGAUGGGGUUGUUUGAUUUGACCGGGGAGAUAAUGAGGUUUGCGGUUACGGGGCUGUCGUCGGGGGCAGCGACUUCUGCGAAGAAUCAGGAGAAACAGAAGGGGAAUAAGGGGGAGGGUGGGGCUGAGGGUGAAUUGAGGAUGCUUCCUGAGUCGCAGGCUGGGCUUGUGGUUGAUCUACGGGCCAUGCGGGCGUUAUUUGAGAUGCUUAGUGUUCCCCGUCGGCAUCAUAUGCUCCGUGACUUGGGGAAGAAGAUGGACGUUAUGCAGUCUAGCGUGGAAAAGGUCGAGAAAGCUGCUUAUGGGAUUCUGGUCCGUGGAAGCGAACGGCCAGCUGGGUGGAUGCCGGAUUUGUCGCACGCGGUUGACGUGGAGAGCUAUUAA